AUGACCAAAACCAAGAUGUUACUACAUAGGAGCAUUAUACCAGCGUUGUUACUGCUCCUAUACUUACAAAAGUCCACCGCCAGGUCAAGACAUGUCUGCCCCAUCGGUUUCAACCUCGCCUACUAUAAGUCCCAAAACUCUGACCCCAUUUGCUAUAGAAGAAAAGGACCUGAAACCUUUGACGACAAAUUCACUGACUGCGCUGGAAACUUAUUUACCUCCAGAUUGUAUCAUAGUCUAAACAUUACAAAAUCAACUAUUACAUUAUGGACUGAUUACAAAUCUCUUUACCCUGGAGGACCGUUCAUUGACUGGUCGUAUAACGAGCUUAUGGGAGAUAUGUUAACACCAAAUUAUAGCGUGGAUUACGACCCAAAUUUAGGUAUAGAUGAGGAACUGUGUGUUUUUAUACAUCCAGUGACUAAUUUUACAGCUGCAAGGUGUAAUGAGAAACAUUACAGGUAUUGUUUUUUAAAACCUCUCGAAGAUGACGAGGAUGAUAUGGACAGAGAUGGUUGUGAGGACUUGAAAGAUUUUAGUUACUGGAGAUUCUGGAGUCCGAUACCUACUUGUCUGACGUCAGUAACUCCUACUAAGGGAAGAAAUGUCAGAGCAACCUGGCGACAGGCGCAGAAGUCGUGUGCUGAGAGAAAAGGAUAUCUCUUAAGUACAGGAUGGAGAUACGCGAGCAGUCCUUUGUUUCAUUCUGAAACAGGUGACAGUUUUCCCCUUGGAAUUAUGUUGAGUGCCGACAAUACAACGAUCGAGUAUGAUAAUGAAAAUAUUACGAUCCCACCAUCAGACUUCAAGCAUUUCGAAAUCAACCUCACCUCGAAUAUGUCUCUGGGGGCUCUGCGCGACGAUUUCUGGUUUAUGGUCAACAGUUCUUACGUGUUCUACAACGUCAUUUGCGAAAGACCUAUCCAGCUCAGGCCUAUCAGCAUGGAUGUCUCUGUCACCUCGGAAGGCAAACUAGUGCUCAAAACAAACGAAACAGUAAAAGAAAGCAACAUUCGCUGUUUUACAGACUCUGUGUUGUACUACCCUUAUAAAGUCAAAGUGAGAUAUGAUCGACAUUCCGAUUUAUACGUUCUACAUCCCAUAGAUGAUGGUUAUUACUGGUGUGUCCAUAUUGAUUCCAGAAACCAUACGGUAUCAGAGUCUAAUAAAGCUCUCUUCAUUCGAAUAAAAGAUUCUUUAGUCAAUUAUUAUGCUGUAAAGCUGCGUCUCUCAAGAGAGCACAAAUUCGAUUUGAACAUGGAAAAAUUCAACAAUGAAUGGCUGGUCAAACUUAAACAAUAUAUUUACUAUAGGACUAAAUACGUUGAAAACGAAUUUGACGAUGCUCUCAACAAUCAGAACACCACAGAAGACGUUUUGAAGUUGUUCAAGGAGAAACAUCCUCAUUUAGAUUGGGACGAUAAAGAUGUGAUACUUAAAAAGAAGAUAAAGAAGCGGUAUCUUGAUGAGAAAACAACGUUGGUACAUGUAUUGUUGCACCGGGACAUGAAGCCUGUGUUUCCUGGUACUUGGGACAAUUUGACCGUGGAGUUCAUGAAACCGGUGUACUACUGCCCGGCCUUUGGAGUGGUGGACAGUGCACCUAUUGGUUCCUCAAGAACAGUUGACUGUCAAACACAUACUUGCGUCGGUGAGUUCAACGAAGGCGUUCAGUGGCUCACGAAGGCCACUGAGGGCUGUGUCACCACCGUGAGGACCAGCUACAUGUCAUACCCCAUCCUAGUCAUGCCCACGCCUGGAACUAUUUUACCCUCUACUCGCAACGACACUGACUACCAGGAUUCCACCACGAUGUCCACAAGCCCAACGUCAUUCACCACCAUAUGUGACAACCAGUUUUGUGAAUAUGACUGGUCUGAUAGCGAUGAAGAUGAUAACGCCACAACAGACUACGUAAUACCAGACAGCACAAGUGAGAUGGUGUCUACAGUCACUAUGCCUCCACCUACUACUGAGGGGAUAGCCACUGCAAUACCUACAUUUAACCCAUUACCGCCGGAUGAACAGCUGCAGCAGGUAAUAAACGACCUGGAAUCAUUGAUAAACAACACUGAUCCCGUGAUGGUCGACGAUAUCGAUCCUGCGCUUGACCAGGUGGACACACUUCUGGACACGAAUGAAAACCUGGAUAUUCCGGGACGUUUGCUAAUUCUUCUGGACACAUUAGGGACCACGCUUAACUUGAACGGUUCACGGCAGGCAUCAACGGUCAGGAAUAACAUAGCGAUGCUGCUGGCUGACUCUGACACCGAACAGCCUGUGAGGGGCUUGAGGCUUGCAGCCAUGACCGAUGGUGAAGUUUUCAGUCCAGACGGGUUUGAGAUGAUAUCAGAACCAGUGAACUCGACACACCUAAUGUCGAACAAUAGCGAGGCCGUGGUCCACCUUCCGGAGUCUUUGGCGACCGAGCAACACCGCAUCAGCUUCAUUAUCUUCAGAAAUAACCGGGCGUUCCGGGAUACUCCCGCAGUUUCUGUCAACAGCCGAAUUCUGAGCAUCAAAGUGAAUAAUAUUACGGAGUUCGAUCAUGGAGAAGUAAUAGACAUCCAUCUCAGUCCAUUGCAAGGUGGCAUUGAACGCAACCAAAGUCGCGCGUGUGCUUAUUGGCACUUCGUCGAUAAGGACACGGGAUUCUGGUCUCAAGAAGGCUGCACCUUCGUCAGAUCUACAGAAGAAGGAAUGCUGGACACUUGUAGAUGUGACCAUCUUACACAUUUCGCUCAAAUAUUAGUUUCAAGAGAGGUUUUCUCACAAAGAAACGAAGAUGCGUUAGAAAUACUAAGCAUAGUAGGAUGUUUUCUAUCCAUUUUUGGAUUAUUAAUGAUUGGAAUAACUGCUGCUUUGUUCAGACCCUGGAGACGCGAUUACAAUAACAAAAUAUGGCUGCAACUAAGCAUUGCGAUAUUUAUAAUGGUCAUAUGUUUUCUGGUCGUCGUGUUUGCCAAAUUCGACCACUAUAACAUCCCUUGUAUGUUGGUUGGAGUGCUGUUACACUAUUCUGUGCUAGCAUCCUUCUGUUGGAUGUUGGUAGCAGCUGUGUUGUCUUAUCGGAGAUUGGUUAUAGUCUUUACGAGAGACGCCUCUCAUAAGCUGCUUAGAGCUUCAGCUUUUUCAUGGGGAGUCCCUUGCGUUAUAGUUGGAAUUCUUCUUUCAGUCGACCCUCACUCUUAUGCGGGACGUUUCGAUGAGAAGUAUCCAAGUGGGACUUUCUGCUAUCCUUCUGGGCUCGGCCUUUGGUUGGCCGUGUACGCCCCAGUUGCUCUAAUGCUACUUGCUAACUGGACGCUAUUUGGUUUAAUAGUUCGUUCUGUGUUUGGUUCAAGAAGGAUUCAGAGGCAUGGUGAUUCAAAAGAAGUCCUCAGGUGUGCCUCCGUCAGUUGUCUACUAGUGUUCUUGUUUGGUUUACCUUGGAUAUUUGGUUUGUUCGGCUAUAACAUAGUUGGCGCAUACCUUUUUACAUUGACAGCAACCUUCCAAGGCUUCAUAUUGUUCCUGUUCUUUGUCUUAGGGAAUAAGAAGACGCGAGAUUUGUGGUUCAACAAAUUGAAGAUCAAACAGACUCGAAAGAUACCCGUUACGUCUUCGACUUAUACGAAUAGAAGUACUGGUUAUAGGGGCCCACAAGGGACCUCGAGUAUUGAAGUUAAUUCAACUAAGCCAAAGUCUUUGGCGUCGCCUGACAACUCAAGAUUUUCUUGACAAAAAUCGCCAUGGUCCAAAAAUAGGCUGGCGUAUUGGCAAAUACGUAAUUAUUUGCAUAUGUAGAAAGCUCCGUGUCAGUUUUUGAAUAUUCUUCUUUCUAGUCUGUUGGAAUUGUGCCUUAAAAGGGUGCUAAUGGAAUUACAAUUUUCAUAUCAAAUAUUAUUGCUACUUAGAUCGAACAACUAUGUGUCAAAAAGUGGUUAACAAAGUAGCCACGUUGAGACGACAGGAGCUGGUUCGAGUUCAGUCAGGUUGAAGAAACUUUUCUUUGUAUUUGUUCGAUCUUUGCAUCAAUAAUAAUAAUGAACUAGUGCAGUA